CGGUGUUUUUUAUUUGCUGUGCUUUCUAUUUUCUAAGUUUUGAAAUCGAUCGUUUAAAAUGGUAAAAUUGGACGUAAAUUUGAUGAGGUUUCUCACGAUAGACGACUUUAUAGUUCUCACCGCCGUGGAAAAGGCCAUGGAAAACCACGCGCUCCACGCGCUGGUGCCGAUAGGCGAAGUGGCUUCGAUUGCCCGUUUGAGGCACUGGCGCACAGGCAAAAUAAUUGGUGACCUGCAGAAACAUAAGUUGCUGUCGUUCGAGAGAGGCACCAGGCCUGAGGGGUUAAGCCUCAACGUCUCUGGAUACGACUAUUUGGCGCUGAACUCCUUGCGGAAACGCGAUUCUGUCGACGCUUUUGGAAACCAGAUUAGCGUGGGGAAGGAGAGCAAUAUUUAUAUUGUGUCUGCUGGGGAACAGGAAAGAUGCCUCAAGUUACACCGGCGUGGAUUACUGUCCUUCAAAAGGGGCGUGAACAAGCCUAACCAUCACAAAAGAAGAAGGUCUGCUUCCUGGCUAAACCUGUCUGCCAGAUUAGCGAUCAAGGAGUUCGCUUGUAUGAAAGUCCUGCAUGAUCGCCAGUUUCCGGUGCCUCAACCCUACGACCUCAGUCGACAUUGUGUGGUAAUG